GGAGGAAACUUCCGAAUGAACCAAUAACUGAAUAGGCGGUCCCAAGUGUGAUAGAAGUACAGUAUGCAGAGUGCAUCACCAAACUGGCUACGACCCUGUCGAAAUCCCUCUGACCGCCCAAUUCUGCCUGCAUCUGAGGUACCAUGCCUCAAGCUUCUCUAAGCUUCCAUGCCAAACAGAGAACACAUCCUUCAUCCCACACGUUCAUUAUUUGCGCUCUACAACUUGACCACAUUCAAUAACUCGAGACAGUGCAGCUCAACAUGGCGCAGAAAUGCGUUCAUCAAUCGUGUGGGAAGAUAUACACAGACCCAGAGGAGGAAUGUCAAUACCACCCCGGCCCCCCAAUCUUCCACGAAGGACAGAAAGGCUGGAAAUGCUGCAAACCCCGCGUCCUAACCUUCGACGAAUUCCUCGCCAUCCCACCCUGCACCACCGGCAAACACAGCACAACAGACCACCCCCCACAACUCGAGAAGAAGACCGGCGACGCCGCCGCCGCAGAGACUCCCAGUCCUGCUCCUCCACCUGCCACAGCAACAGAGAGCUCGCGGCUGCCCGUGAACGCCGCCCCGCAACCAACAGCUACCCCGCCACCACCCCCACCAGAAUCCGAGGACGAUGAUCCGAGCCUUGAGAUUCCGAAGGGCAAGAUGUGUCGGCGGAAGGCGUGCGGACAGGCAUAUAAUGGCGGUGGGAGGGAGGGCGAGAAGUGCGUUUUUCAUCCUGGGGUGCCGAUUUUUCAUGAGGGGAGUAAGGGGUAUACGUGCUGCAAACGGCGGGUGCUGGAGUUUGAUGAGUUUAUGAGGAUUGAGGGGUGUCAGACUAAAGACCGGCAUCUAUUUAUUGGGAGUGGGAAGAAGAAGGGUGUUAAUGAGAAGGGUGGGGAGGAGAUAUUGGAGACGGUGAGACAUGAUUUCUACCAGACGCCAACAACGGUAAUCGCCUCCUUUUUCCUAAAGAAGAUCGAUAAAGAAAACGCCAAGGUGGAGUUCGCCUCUACCGAAUUAUCCCUCGACCUAGUCACCACAGAUCCAACUCCCAAGCGGUAUAAAACCGUUGUUCCUCUGUUUGGCUCCAUCGAUUCCGAGAAGUCGACAUCCAAGAUCCUGGGCACGAAGCUGGAAGUGACGUUUGUAAAGGCGGAUGGAGCUUCGUGGCCAGUGCUGAGAAGUGAUGAGCAACGGACUGGCGAAAUUAUCCAGGUUGGGAAAGCAGGCCGAGCUGUUUAAUGUGCUAAUGUACCCCACGAGUUAUGAAUAGACAAAAUAGCAGAAGGCUUGCUGAUAGCUCCCUCAUACAAAGUUCCUUGAGCUUGUCUUAUUGCAAAAAUAGUGAGGACUGAGUAUCCUACAGUUCUUGUGCUCCACAUCGCCCAUGCUUACUAUCUUGACGCUGGCUCCGCGAAUCGUAUACUAGGCCUCUCUUCGCUACUAUUCCGCUCAGAAGUAUGAUUCGAAACGUUGAUCUCAGGGAUACUGGGCCCUGCAACAGCUUGCAUCUCCCUGCUGGUGGGUUGC